AUGAUUCUGGCCAGAUUUCGUCAUCGAGUCGCCCAUAGAAAAAGCCAUGGAGGCUGUUAUACUUGUCGUCAGCGACACGUGAAAUGCGACGAGUCACAACCUGCUUGUCAUCGCUGCUUAUCCAGUGGUCGCUAUUGCCUUGGUUAUAGACCUCGUCCAUCGUCGGAUAGACCACCGCGGAUCAUUUGUCCGCGACCGCUGCCCCAGAGUUGUGCGUUGAGUGAUGCUGAAAGCAAUGCCAUGGACUUCUUCCGCUACGCGACCAUCCAUGAGCUACCCUGCGCCUCAACUUUUCAAAUAGCGUGGGAACCGAUUCUGCUAGAGCUCGCUUCGCGGCAGCCUUGCAUAAAAGGUGCUGUAGUCGCAUUAUCAUCAUUACACCGGUCUGCGACCGAUGGACAAGAUCUUGAGCUGGGUCGUCUUGCGCACAGAGAACAUACCAAGUCUAUGUCAUUGUUGCGUGCCUACAUUGACACUUUGGAUCAUUCGGCGACAGACGACGAUGUAACGAUUGUGCUUGUGGCUUGUUUGCUCUUCUUUGCCUUUGAAGCGUUUGCUGCGCAAGACACGCGUGCUUCAAUUCAUGUGCGAGCUGGCCUACGGCUGAUCGAAGCUCGACGUCACGUCACCAACAUACCCUGUACAUCUUACACGGAGCGUGCAGUGGCCGUUAAGCUGCGAUGCCAAGAUCAAUUCGACAUCUUCAUGCAAAUUUUCAUGCGUCUAAACUCGGACUACGUACUGGUCGGACACGACAAUCCGUACCUCUAUCCCGUCUGCUUGGAUCCAAUACCUGCAGAACUGACCAAUCUGGACGAUGCGAGACUUCGUCUCGAGUUUCUCGAAGCCGAAGCCAUCUCGGUCUUUCGUAACAUACAGAAGCAAGCUCACAAGACUCUACAAGCAGAUACAGACCUCAGACUCCGUAAUAAAGAUGAGAUCGACUGUCUUGUGCGCGCAAGGAUGCGCACAGUAUCAGUAGACGGUGCAACGACUGGAGGUCUCAAAGCAGUCCGCGAAAGUCUUUUGUCAUGGUCGAUCGCAUUCUCCAAAAUUCAUGAUAAAAAGCGGAGCUCUUUGGCACAGAUCUCCGCCGGAAUCACCUUUUCAUGCCUCAAGUUUUGGUUUGAGACAUGGCGAGACCCAGACGCGAUGCUAAUUGACCAAUUCAGACUACAAUUUGAGCAUGCAUUAAAUUUGUGUGUACAGUACAUCGAAGAACAUCUAGCUCGGACUUCGGCCCCCACCAAAAACGAUCAGUCUACCCCUUCCACACCAAGAAGCACCCCUCCUGCCUUCUCGACUGGCUCGAACGUGGUGUUUUGUCUGAUUCUUAUUGUACGCCACUGUCGAACUUCGUCCGUCCGCCAUCGAGGUAUCUCCAUAUUGGAACAGAUAAAUCUGCAAGGUGUCUUCGAUACAGCAUACCUUGCCACCUACUUGCGCACCGUCGUGGAGAUCGAAGAGCAAGACGCUAAACUUCAGACUGGCUACAGUGGCGAUGCCGAAUCGUAUCAGGCACAUGAGAUUCCCGCGACCGCUAGGUUGUUGGAAGCAGUCAUAAUGCCGUCAACGCCACCCUCUGAUCUUCAAACUUACAAGAAAGAGGAGGUUUCAUUCUACACUAUCUGUAACAAGCAGGACUCUGGUGGCGAUGGUUAUCAUCUUGGAAGUCCUAGACUCGUGGCCAGGAAUGUCAAAAGAUGA